CAGACCACUUCCUAACAAACCUCACAACCCAACGACCUGACUAACGGCCUAACGGCCUAACAAGCCAAUCAUGGCCUCAGAUGGCUAGGUUAUCUGGCCAAUCGGGUGAUAGCUACUUGGGACAGAUUGCCAGGCUGUGCGGCUGCUGUACUGGUGACGUGGGUGAUCGUACCACAUCCGGAUCCUUUCCAUUCUGUUGCUGCAGGUAGUGGUGAUGACGUGGCAUAUUGACAAAUAGUCCUGCAACACACGUUACCCCCCUCCUUUAUCUUGUCGGUUCAUCUUGCGGCUGCUACAAGACGGCAAAUGAUGAGGUAAAAAUUAUUUGCAAGUACAGAAACUAAACCAUGAUUUCCAUGAAAAGGCUCUGGGGGAGAGAGCAGGGUCCAUCCCUAGACAAAACGGAUAAGCCAUCAUUAUGGGUCGGAAGUUACGGCAUGAAGGUGCUUUACGCAGCGGUUGAGCCUACUGUCGACAUCGUCUUUGUACAUGGACUCACCGGGCACCGGGAACGGACUUGGACUGCCCAAAGCGGCUGCGGACUCUGGCCGCAAACGCUCUUGCCGAAGGAAAUUCCCUCGGCGAGGAUCCUCACUUACGGAUAUGACGCGAAUGUUGUUAAGAUGUGGUCCUGGGUGUCCAGCAACAACCUUGCCGACCACGCCAAAAACCUCCUGUCAGCAUUGGCUACCUGCAGGAAUACCGACACCGAAGCUAUGAAUCGGCGCCUGAUUUUUGUUGCGCACAGCCUUGGUGGGCUUGUUUGUCAAGAAGCUCUUGUGCUGUCGAGCCACAGCGCUGACAAGCAUCUCCGAAAGAUUCUCGAAUGCACUAGGGCAAUUGCCUUUGCCGGAACGCCGCACUCCGGGGUAGGUAUGGCGGCAUCCGUUGAGCGGGUGGCCAGAUGGACAGAUCUUGUACGCCACACGAAUCCGCGCAUCAUCGGAGCGCUCGGGAGAGACUCGGAGGUCCUGUCUCAGAUCCAGCAUGACUUCCAUUCCAUAUUGCGGUUCAGGGCCGACAAUGGCUACCCGAAGAUCGAGAUAACAUGUUUCUACGAAGAGGUUUCGCUCCCGGGCAUCGGCGAGGUAGUCGCGAAGUCCUCGGCAACCAUCCCGGGGUAUAUAGCGAUUGGCAUCCAUAGCAACCACAUGGAUAUGGUGCGCUUCCCAACCCAGAAUGAUCCAGGCUUCGUUAGUGUCGCGGGUGAGUUGCGAAGAUGGGUUAUGGACAUGGAUCCGUCCUUGGACAGCAAAGACAUAUCCAUGUCCUUGGACAGCAAGGACAGAUCCAUGUCCUUGGACAGCAAGGACAGAUCCAUGUCCUUGGACAGCACGGACAGAUCCAUGUCCUUGGACAGCACGGACAGAUCCAUGUCCUUGGACAGAUCCAUGGCAAUGGUGGCAGCUGAGGAUGAAGACGCGAUUCCCGACGACGUCGCUCCAGCCAAGACAGCACAACAGUCGAUACUAGGAAUAACCAUCGGAGGAAACGUUAUAAAAUCUAUUGUCAGCAGCAGCAUAACGGUACACGGCAACUUGGUGUUCAGUCACUGAUAAUUGAAUCUUGACGCUCAUCGCAAUCGGCGUCUCAUCACUGGAAGGAGCAUUCAUCAUUGAAAGGAGAAUAAACGAGGUAAACCUGCAUAUACACGUCUUGGACAUGGGGAAGGAGCAUAAGCGAGGUAAAGCUGCAUAUAAGCGUCUUGGGUAUGGGGAAGGAUCAUGGAUAUCAAAUGCUGGCGGAACAUCGUGUUACAUAAUUAAGAUCAAAGCUUUUCUCCCAAUUACACAUAAAUUGAC